AUGGCUACUAAAGCUUGGCUUUUCUUAAGUCUCAUUGUUGUUCUUUUCAUCGCUUCUGAGGUGGCAGCUAGGGACCUAGCUGAAAAUUCAGCAGAAAGUAAGAACAAGGAGAAAGAAGAAGAGAUGCAAACUGAGCAGAAUGGUGGAGGCCCCGGUUCAUAUGGUGGUGGAGGCCCCGGUUCAUAUGGUGGUAACCGCGGUGGUGGAUAUGGUAAUCGGGGUGGAUAUGGAGGACGUGGUAGAGGAUAUUGUCGCUANGGCUGCUGCUACAGAGGCUANUACGGUGGCUGCUCUAGGUGUUGUGCUUAUGCUGGUGAGGCUGUUCAAGCUCAUCCAAAGAGUACUGAGCCUGCUCACUAA